ACCAGACAUUCACAGACCUGUCCCCCCUGAAAAGUACACUUAUUAUGAGACAAGCCACAGGGCCUUAGACGGCUCUGUUCAGUUCCUUUGCUUUUUUUUGCUGUCUCUCUAAUUCCCAGAUUUUUUUGGAGUCGAAUGCCUAUUUUUUUAGGAAUCCUCAGAAGAACUGUGACAUUUUGCAGCUAGCAAGCUGAAGUGGGCUACUUUAUACUUGUUCUGAGAAAGGUAUCUGGAAGAAAGGACAGAAGCUAAGAAGCUCCAGGCAGCAUAAAAGAGGAAGGAACUGACUUUGAAAAAAAAAAAUAAUAAACCAAGGAAUCUCCCCCAAACGUCUCAAAUCUGUUUUUCUCCUAUUGAAGACCUCAACGACCUGGCAUUGAUUCUUUAGUAACAUAUCCUAUCAUCACUAUGACGGAGAACUCAGCUGAAGGUCGUACAUCUACCUCCACAACUGUUUUAGAUGGCAAGAAUGGAUCUGUACAUAAACCACCAGUGAAAGCCACAAGUUCUGUCACAGAAGACUUGAAGACCACAUUCCGCUCCCCAGUUGCAUGGCUUCUUGUAGCUGCUCUUGUAGUAACAUGGUCAGGGGUGGCUAUAGUAAUGUUUGACUUGGUGGACUACAAAGCUCUUGCAGGAAGUUCUAUUAACAAGUUCAGGAGUGACCCGGUCAGACACAUACAUCAAGCUGUGGACGACUCCACUGAUUGGCUGUAUGCCUGGUUUUCCACUAUUUCUGACAUCAUAUCCAUUGAUGAUGGCCAUAAAGGACCUACAGAGCCGUCGGUGAAGAAAAUAGUUCUUCAAAAAGACAAAAUGGAGAAACCUGAAAAAACGGACAUGAAAUCACAUAAAGUUCUUCACAAGGACAGACCAGUCAAAGAGGAAAAACUUGACACAACAAAACACAAAGUCAUUCACAAAGAAAAAGUCGAAGUGAAAGAGAAGGCUGAGAAGAAACCUCCACAAAAAGCUGUUGAAAAGCCAAAGAUAACUAAAGAAGAAUCCGUAAAGAAAAAGUCUCCAAAAGUUGUUGAAAAAGAAAAACCUGCACUAAAAGCAAAAACUGAGAAAAAGGAAUCAUCUAAAGUUAUUGAAAAAGAAAAACCUAUAUCCAAAGCCAGAACUGAAAAGAAGGAACCAUCUAAAGUAAUUGCCAAAGAGAAAUCUGAAAAGGAGAAAGUGGAGAAAAAAACACCUGCCAAAGUACCUGCAAAAGAAAAACCUGAAAAGAAGGAUAAAGUUGAAAAAAAAACACCUGCCAAAGCAACUAUGCAAGAAAAAUCAGAGAAGAAAGAAAAGGUAGAGAAAAAAACCCUUUCUAAAGAAAUUAUCAAAGAAAAGGUUGAAAAGAAGGAAAAGGCUGAGGCAAAAUCACCACCUAAAGUAAUUGAAAAAGAGAAAAAAGAAAAGAAGGAAAAGGAUGAAAAGAAGACAUUGCCUAAAGAAGUGACAAAAGACAAAGCAGAGAAAUUGGAAAAAGAAGAGGAAAAAUCAUCACUUAAAGAGGAGAAAAAAGCAAAGGCCUCUCUAGCAGAGGAAACGACCAAGAAAGAAAUAAAAAGUAAAAUCACAGACACCGAGAUAACAAAAGACACUGUAAAAGAAGCUAAAACAUUACGGGAAACCAAGACAAAGCCCAAGGCCAAAGAGGGCCUGCAAGACAAAGCGGAAAGAGGAGUUGAGAAGCAAGAUCAGUAUCAGUUCUGUCGCUAUAUGGUUGACAUGUUUGCUCACAGGGAUUUUUACUCAGGCCUCCCAGUAUCCCCUGCUCCCUUGCCUCAAAAACCAGCUACUCUUCCGCCUCCUUCUAUAAAAGCUAAACCAGAAGAAAAGAAAGUCUCUCCAGAGAAGAAGGAUGCACCAGGUCCUAAGAAACCAGCUGCUGCUAAAGAACAGGAGACAUUAUUACCAGAGACUAAAAAAGAAGCUUCCGAGCCAAAGAAAGCAGAACAUAUAAAGACCGAGAAGCAUAAAGAAGAAGCUCCAAAAGCACCUCAAAUCAAAAGAGGCAAAAUCAGUAGAGGAAAAAAAGAAAAAACUGAAGAGAAAUCUACGUCUACUGCACCAUCUGUUAAAGAAAAAGCUGAAGAAGCUGAUAAACCUAAAAUAAAGGGUGCUAUAGUGUCACCAAAGAAAGAUAAAGAACAUGCAAAGGCUAAAGACAAGCCAGCAAAGGCCACAGAACAUGUGAAGACUAAAGACAAGCCAGCAACGGCCACAGAACAUGUGAAGACUAAAGACAAGCCAGCAACGGCCACAGAACAUGUGAAGGCUAAAGACAAGCCAGCAACGACCACAGAACAUGCGAAGACUAAAGACAAGCCAGCAACGGCCACAGAACAUGUGAAGGCUAAAGACAAGCCAGCAACGACCACAGAACAUGUGAAGGCUAAAGACAAACCGGCAACGGCCACAGUUUCAGAAUCUGAAAAAGUCAAAGUUAUUUCUGUGUCUUCAGCAAAAAAAGAACAAUUGCCAAAGAAACAAAUGGCGGCUAAGGCAGCAAAAGAAGACACAGAGAUCAAAUUACCCAAACCUACAAAAGCAGUGAAAGCAGUUGCUGAGCCAGGAAAACCUAUAAUAAAAGAAAAAGUGCCCUCUGCUCCUACAAAGCCAGAGACCCCACUGAGAAAGCAUGAUGUGCAACCCGAACCAAAGAAAGAGGCUUCAGUGAAGAAAAGUGACCAAGACACAAAAAAAGAGCCUUCAUCAAAGAAACACGAGGUUAAAUCAGUAGAAACCAAAAAAGCAAAGAAAAUACCAGCAAAGGCUGAACAUCUGAAGGAAGCAGCAAAAGCAAAGCCAGAGUAUCCAAAGAAGAAACAUGUUGAGCAACCAGCAGAAGUAAAGAAAGAAAUUGCAAUAAAGAAGCAUCCAGAAGAACCAAAGAAAAUAACAAAGAAAGAAAUACUACCAACUAAGAAACAUGAAGAAGAACCCAUGAAAAUAACAAAGCAAGAAAAACCAGUGAAGAAAGAUGAGGGAAAACCAAUAAUAAUUAAAGAGACAGAAAAGAAAGAAUCAAAGACAGAAGUUCCAAAAAUAAAGAAAGAAACACACAAGAAAGAACAUAAAGAGGAAGCUCCAAUAAUAAAGAAAGAGUCUCUGGCUAAAAAGCCUAAAGAAGAACCUACGCAAGCAAAAAUAGCAAAGAAAAAAACAGCAAAGACUCCAGUGAAGAAACCUGCUGAAGAAUCAAUAGAAACCAAAACUGAGACUCGAGUGAAGAAGCACGAGAAACCAGCAGAAACAAAAAUAGAGAUACCAGUACAGAAACAUGAUGAGAAGCCAACACAGUCAAAGGAAGAGACUCCAGUUAAGAAAGAUGUUAAAGAACAAAGGGAUAUAACAAAAGCAAAGAAAAUAACAAAGACAGAAAAGAAAGAACAUAAAGAGGAAGCACCAAAGAUCAAGACAGAAACACUGGUGAAGAAAGAUGACCAAGGACAAAAAGAAACAAAGAAAGAUGCUGCAGUUGCAAAGCAAGAAAAAGAACCAACCAAAGCUAAAAAGGCUACACCAGUGAAGGGACAAGAAAAGGAACCAGCAAAAGAGGAAAUACUGAAAAAACAUGGGAAAGAGUCCUCACAGCCAAAGACAGCCAAAUUUCAAGCAAUAAAAAAACAGAACAUCCACUUGCCAGAAAAGACUGCCACACCAAUAAAGCAUGAGCACGAUACUUUGAAGCUUCCUAAAGCUGCUCAUGCAGAAGAAGUGAAGUCAAAUGACACAGCGAGUAUUUUGUUUUGAAGAAGCUAUGGGAAAGGAAGAUUGCUUUCACUAGAUCAAUCACAGUAUCUUACUGUAUAGUUUGUUUUAAUGAAUGUUGACGUAAUUGAUUGCAAGUCAUGUUCGUGUGCAAUGGGACAGAGGAUUUAUUCCAACUGGCAUAUGUUAUAAUGCAAUUGUAUGUUUCUAAGGAAGACACAUGUAAGAAAUAAUGAAGGUGGUGACAUAAGAUACAGGUUAGGGUGGACAGAACACAUUUGGUUGUGUAUGAUCGGACAAGACAAGGCAAGUGUUACACUAUGCACAAGGAUAUCA